AUGCAAUCGCUCAGAAUGGAGUUCGUGGGCUUUAAAAUGAUAUUUAUCGUCGCUUUGUCCCUCAUGGGAUCGGUUGUUAAUUCGAAAGAAAGUUCCGAAUUCAAAUUGCCAACUAAUUUUAAACCAGUUAGUUAUCGACUGGACUUGACCACGUAUUUGGAUGAUAAAUUCAUGUUUGAAGGAGUUGUCGAUAUUCAAAUGACCUGUGUAGAAGCCACCGAUACCAUAGUACUGCAUUCGAAUAGUUUGAACAUCGAUACCAAAAGUGUAGUUGUGGCCAACGGUGGUGAAAAUGUCAUCCCAGUGAGCAGUGUGUCUUUUGAUCCAAAGAAAGAACUUAUGCACGUCAAGUCAACCGUAAACUUUAAGCCCGGUGACGAAUACGUGCUGACUAUACCAUUUACCGGAAACAUCACCGACGAUUUAGUUGGUUACUAUAGAAGUAGCUACGUGGACAAGGAAAACAAUCAAACGAAAUGGUUAGCUGUAACACAAUUCGAACCAGCUGACGCACGGAGGGCUUUCCCAUGUUUUGACGAGCCCGCGUAUAAAGCAACAUUCAAGAUAAGAUUGGGUCAUAAAAAAGGAUUGACUUCGAUUAGUAAUAUGAAAAUGAUGAAAGAAACGCCCAUCCCUUCGAAACCGGAUUAUGUUUUCGAUGAAUUUGAAGAAUCCGUACCCAUGUCUACUUAUUUAGUAGCAUACAUGGUGUCAGAUUUCGCAUACAUCGAGGCGGACAGUCGAGAUGACGAAGUAAAGUUCCGUAUAAUAGCCAGGAAGGAUGCAGUCGGUCAAACAGAACUUGCCAAAAACGCGGGUCCUUUGGUGUUGAAAUACUACGAGGAUUAUUUCGAUGAAAAAUUCCCACUGGCCAAACAAGAUAUGGUGGCCAUACCCGAUUUCUCUGCCGGUGCUAUGGAGAAUUGGGGUCUCGUAACAUAUAGAGAAACCGCGUUGUUAAUUGAUCCGGACGUUGCUACAAUUGAUAACGUACAUAGAGUAGCCGAAGUUAUCGCUCACGAACUUGCUCACCAAUGGUUUGGUAAUCUCGUUACCAUGAAAUGGUGGACAGAUCUUUGGUUGAAUGAAGGAUUUGCCACGUACGUAGCAGCCCGUGGAGUGGAUUUCCUGUACCCCGAAUGGAACUCUUUCCAAGUCGAAACCGUUCAAAACUUUUUACGCGUUUUGGAUCUUGAUUCCCUUCAAUCGUCACAUCCUGUAUCGGUAGCCGUCGGACAUCCCGAUGAAAUAGCACAAAUUUUCGACACGAUAUCGUACACGAAGGGUUCAUUUUUGUUGCACAUGAUGAACACGUUCCUUGGCGAAGAUACGUUCAAACAAGGCAUUAGAAACUACAUAAACAAACACAAAUUUUCCAACGCUGAACAGGAUGAUUUGUGGAGUUCAUUGACGGAGGAAGCACACCGCCAAGGAACUUUGGACAAAAACCUCACUGUGAAACUAAUAAUGGACACAUGGACGUUGCAAACCGGUUAUCCCGUAUUGAAAGUCGUCCGAGAUUAUUCCGCGGAUACGGUUACAUUGUCACAGGAACGGUUCUUGACGAUCAAAUCUAACGUUACGGACAAGAAAAGCUGUUGGUGGAUUCCAAUAACUAUGACGACUUCCAUGGAGGCCGACUUCAACCAGACAAAAGCAAAAUCGUGGUUGAAUUGCGAAAACAACAACCUCACCACACCAUUAGCCAAAGACAACGAUUGGGUCAUCUAUAACAUGCAGAUGGCCGGUUUAUUCAGAGUUUUAUACGACACACGAAACUGGAUGGGCAUUGUUUCUACGUUGAACGAUCCAACCAAAUACAGAACUAUACACCCGUUAAACCGAGUACAGCUGAUCGACGAUUCGUUCAGCUUUUCACAGGUCGGUGAUAUGGACUAUGGAAUCACGUUCCAACUGUUGAAAUAUCUAAAACACGAAAAAGAGUAUGCACCAUGGUUGGCUGCAUUGGGUGGUCUGGGCCCAAUUAAUAAAUUAAUGAAAAGGACCCCGAACCAAGGAGUGUUCCAAAACUAUAUGCAACGUAUGUUGUCGUCUGUAUACAGCCAAUUCCGUGACAUGGCCGUCGAACUUAACGGGUUUGAAGAAAUCCGUUUUAAAAAUCUCGUGACCGCCGAGGCUUGCCGUCACCGAAUAAAGGACUGCACCGAACAAGCUCUGGAGUUAUUUAGCAAGUGGAUGCAAAUUUCAGACCCAGACAACAAUAAUAUAUUGCCUAGAGAACUGAAACCCGUUAUUUACUGUCAAGCGAUAAAAUAUGGAGGCGUUGACGAAUGGGACUUUUUAUGGGAACGUUAUCAGCGUUCAAACGUGGGAUCUGAAAAAGCGAAAUUACUCUCAGCAUUAGGAUGUAGUUCAGAAACUUGGUUACUGAACAGAUAUUUGAAUUGGUCACUUGAUAGUUCUAUUAUUCGAAAGCAAGACGCUGCCACAGUGUUCUAUUCCGUAGCCAGCAGUGACAUUGGAUUUUAUGUGGCAAAAGACUUUUUGUAUCGUAAAAUUGCGGAUAUAUCUGAAUACUACCAACCUCGAGGCGAUCGUGUAGGUAGAUACAUAAAAGUUAUUGGGUCUCAAAUGAAAACCAAAGAAGAAUUAGACGAGAUCCAAUCAUUUAUAAAUAAAUCUUCAGCUUAUUUAAAAGGAGCUGAUUUGACUAUCAAUCAGACAAUUGAGACUGUUAAGAUAAAUACUGAAUGGACUUCGAAGUUUUAUCAUAAAAUUGUAAAUCACAUGGUUUAA